ACUACAACAGCAGAUCAGCUGCUUGAAUUCUUUAAGCAAGUUGGAGAAGUCAAAUUUGUGCGAAUGGCAGGUGAUGAGACGCAACCAACGCGAUUUGCCUUUGUGGAAUUUGCAGACCAAAAUUCUGUACCUCGAGCUCUUGCCUUCAAUGGAGUAAUGUUUGGAGACAGGCCACUAAAAAUAAAUCACUCCAAUAAUGCAAUUGUGAAGCCUCCUGAAAUGACGCCACAAGCUGCAGCCAAGGAACUGGAAGAGGUGAUGAAGAGAGUAAGGGAAGCCCAGUCUUUCAUAUCUGCUGCUAUUGAGCCAGAGUCUGGAAAGAGCAGUGAAAGAAAAGGCGGUCGAUCUCGUUCCCAUUCUCGUUCAGAAUCCAGGUCUAGCUCAAAAUCCCGAUCUAGAAGGAAAAGAUCACACUCAAAGCACAGAAGUAGAUCUGGCAACAGAUCGCUCUCAAGACACAAGGACAGACGUAGAUCCAGAAGUCCCCUGAAAAAACGGUCUAGAUCUAGGGAAAGGCGGAAAUCAAGAAGUCGCUCUCGUUCUCGGGACAAGAAAAGAGACAAAGAAAAGGUCAAGGAAAAAGAAAAGGCCAAAGAAAAGGAGAGAGACCGAGACAAGGAGAAGGAGAGAGGUUUUUUUUGGGAAAGAGAGCGAGAUAAAGAGAGAAACCGGGAGAAGGAAAGGGAGAGGGAUAAAGAGCGGAACAAAGAUCGAGAGAGAGUCAGAGACAAAGAUAAGGAUAGGGACAAGGAUAAGGACAAAGAUAGGGACAGGGACAAGGAGAGGGAAAAGGAGAAAGAUAAGGAAAAAGAUAGGGAAGAGGACAAAGAGAAGGACAGAGACAAAGAAAAGGAAAAAGAUGGGGAUAAGGAGAAGGAGCGAGAGAGAGAAAAAGAGAGAGAUGAUAAAAAGAAGAAAGAUAAGAGGUCCAGAACACCCCCAAGAAGCUAUAGUUCUUCAAGAAGAUCUCGUAGCUCCAGCAGAGAGAGGCGUAAAAGGAAGAGUAGAAGUCCCUCCAAGUCUCCUAAAACGUCCAAAACAACAAAAAGAAAGUCUUCACGAACUCCUUCUCCAAGAAGAAACAAGAAAGAAAAAAAAAGAGAAAGAGAUACAAAUAAUGAAGGAAAAGAAAGAGAACGCUCCACCUCCAAGAAAAAAAGUAGUAAAGAGAAAGAGGGAAAGGAGAAGUCUGACAAAAGCAGCACUGCUUUGAAGGACAAAGAUCAGAGUAAAGAGGAUCAGAAUUCAGAAACUGAUAAGGAAGUAGACAACAGAGAUACACAAAGGACAGAUGAAGUCAAACUACAGCAGAAUGGGAACUGUCAACCAAAUGAAGAAAACCUCUCAAUUAAAAUGGAAGAGGUUUAAAGGAAAGAAUUGACCUCUGAGUCAACUAAGGAAUGAAAUCCAAAGCUUUUUAUUUCCCAGAAUGAGGAAUAAAAUGUCAAAGCAAUCAACCUGAACGUGUUGAUAGUACUAGUAGCUCUUCCAGUUCUUGUGAUAGCUUUGUUGUUGUCUUGCUGUAAAGCAGGAGAGCACGGACCAGUAGUUAUACCAUGAAAAGGCAGAUGCCAUCAGAGCUAUUCAUCUCUGAAAAUCCAUGCAUUUCCAUGACGGCUGUACUUAUUUGUAAAACGAUUUAUGUUAAGUUUUGCCAUAAGCUGUUACAAAUAAGUAGAAACUGAAAGAUGUAAACCUGUACUACCC